AUGUCAUAACAUCAUUAACAUAGUUUACCCUAAAUAAGAUCAUUUAUGGUAGAGAGAAAUGCUUACUUAAUUGAUUUAACACAAAGAACCAUAAUUAAAAAAGGGAAUUAAUCAGUCAAAUUGAAAUUACCGAGUUUGAGUCAAAGAUAAUCAACUAUUACAAUUAGGUAUCCUCCUAAAAUUAAAUAAAAGAGGGACUCAUUAACAGAAAAUAUAAGAUAAAUACUUGUACAUCUAAAUAAAUAUAUUAGGAUUAUUAAUCUCCUUAAUUAACUUUGAAAAGAAUGUUAGACAAAAAAGUAAAAACAGUGAAAUUUCUUUGA